AUGAGUCUAUUUGUCUCCGCAGUAUCAAAACAACUUUACACAAUUGCUUGCAAGCAAAAUUUUCUUCGAUGGACUGAGGCAAAUCGUCGUCAUCCGUUCAGAGUCACUUCUUUUUUGUCGAAUUAUACAUUGAUAUCACGAUUCUGUUCGUCUGGAUCGACAUGGGUAACAGAACCUGAGACUUCUUCUAAACUGAACUGCAAUAUUCAUAUAUUGACACCCGACGGCGCAUUACGUGUUUAUACCGGUCCAUUCGAUCGUGCGCAAAUCUGCGAAGAAUAUGGUCUCGUUCCCAGAGAUUUGCAAAAGAUCGAUACCGACUUGCAUAUCAAUGUUCCCAAGAUCGAUGUACGUAGUGGGAAAUUUAUCGGCUUCUCCUUUCGAAGACAUCGCGGCGUGAUACAGUCCGAUCGUAGCGUCUUCUUCCUACCAUCGAGUGACACACUUCUUUCCGAGCCCGUUAUAAUAAAACAUGUCGGCCGAUGGGAACAUAUUGCUCAAACGUACGAGCGAAAUAUCCGAUUUGUUCAUCAACUCUUCAAUCAACGAUUCGUCAAUCAAACAUCAACUAACUCGAAAGCAGCAUCUGUGGAUAAAAUCCCUUUCGAAUUUAAAAUGAUCGAUAUUAUCUUAGACUCGGUAGCGAAUGGUUUAAAAUUAAAGACACAAGAACUACUCAAGGAAUAUGAACAUGUCCAGGAAAGUGCUUAUGCUCGCAUCACCGUCGUUAGUUUACGGCAACUCGCCCUAUUAAAAACUAAAGUGGACAAGCACAAACGAAACGGUGAUCUCGCUCACAAAUCCAUCGCUGACGUCCUCGCCCAGGACAUCGAUCUAGCCGGAAUGUAUCUAACUGAUGAGCGUGAAAGAAAGAUUUCUGAUCACAUUGAAGCUGAACUUUUACUUGAAUCCUCCGCUAAGGAAAUGGCAGAAGUUCUUCGAGAUAUUUAUGACCUUGCAGAUAUGGUUCGAACACUCGAAAGUGCUACGGGAUUUAUGCUUGACGCAGUCAGAAACGAUCUGAUGGCAUUCGAAAUUAGAAUUAAUAUUGUCACAAUGGCAUUCGGACUUGGUGCAUUUAUCGUCGGAAUCUAUGGAAUGAAUUUUACCAAUGGAUUUGAACAACAUCCCUAUGCAUUCUACGUCGUAUGUGGGAGUUCAAUGGUUAU